GUGCUGCAUCCAACAAAAGCCUCCUCAACCCGAGGACACUGUUUUUAUUCGGUCUCCUCGUAUUUAAUUUCACUGGAUUAAACGACAACACCCAUCGCCUGCGUGUGCACGCUUUCGUCUUGUACACUGGCGGUUCGUUUGGAUGAUGGCCGAAAGCGAGGGAGAUACGCCGAGCACGCCGAUUGAGUUUGAGAGCAAAUACUUCGAGUUUGAUGGAGUGCGGCUGCCGCCCUUCUGCAGGGGGAAGAUGGAGGAGAUCGCCAAUUUCUCCCUCAGAAGUAGUGACAUAUGGAUCGUCACGUACCCGAAGUCAGGCACCAGUCUGCUUCAAGAGGUUGUGUAUUUAGUAAGCCAGGGAGCAGACCCAGAUGAAAUCGGCCUUAUGAACAUUGAUGAACAGCUGCCGGUCUUAGAGUACCCCCAACCUGGACUGGAUAUCAUACAGGAGCUGACGUCCCCUCGUCUGAUAAAAAGUCACCUUCCCUACCGAUUCCUCCCGACAGCAAUGCAGCAUGGAGAAGCCAAGGUGAUCUACAUGGCUCGCAACCCUAAAGACCUGGUGGUGUCUUACUACCAGUUCCACCGCUCUCUUAGGACCAUGAGCUACCGGGGAACGUUCCAGGAGUUCUGUCGCCGUUUCAUGGAUGACAAGUUGGGAUAUGGUUCCUGGUUUGAACAUGUUCAGGAAUUUUGGGAGCAUCGUAUGAACGCGAAUGUCCUCUUCUUGAAAUAUGAAGAUAUGUACAAGGACCUGGGGACAUUGGUGGAAAGGUUAGCCCGGUUCCUGGGUGUUUCCUAUGACAAAGCUCAGCUGGAGGGCAUGGUGGAGAGCUGCAACCAGCUCCUUGAGCAGUGCGGCUCCAUGGAGGCACUGUCCGUCUGCAGGGGUCGUGUGGGGCUGUGGAAGGAUGUCUUCACAGUGUCUAUGAAUGACAAGUUUGACACGGUGUACAGACAGAACAUGGGCAAGUCAGACCUGACCUUUGACUUCUGUCUCUGAAGAGCGCCUGACGCCACUCUCCUCUUUCCGCCUCCCUCCUUUCAUUGAUCAACUUCAGUACUGUUGGCAGGUGCACACGUCGUUACAUAACCUCCGCUCUUAUAUCUCCUCUCAAUCGGUCAGUCUGAAGUUUGGAUUACAGUACAAGACUUCUCAAAGAAUACAAUCUGCAUCAUCACAAAUCACACUUUUAGGAGCUGACCAUAACAAAUCCACAAUGUACAGGAGUUCAUAUUCCUUUAUCAAGAAUUAAACCAAACCUCCUCCACCCCUACCCCCACAAUAUGUUCCCAUUGUUGUGCAUGUGUAUCCUGACCAGGGUUCGAUGUUGUAGUCUUUGAAGGCCGAUCACAGUUCUUUGAAGCUGAAUAGCAAAUGGUAAUCAGGUUUCAAACCACAAAAUCAUAGUUGUGACUGAAAUACACUGAAAAUCACAUGUUAAUGUGGCUGAGCAGAUGAACCGUUCAGGUAUUGUGUAGUCAAACCAUGUCGAAAAAAAGCAUAAGGGACUGGAAACUAUGUUAUAAACAGCCACAGUCUGCUGUCGUCACGUUGAGACCACAGGGUUGAGACACAGUAACUGUUCAAAUAGAGAUCACCGCUCAUCUCUAAGGUACUAAUGGGGCUGCACUCAUUCACACUGAUAAAUGGGAACAGAAGGUGUUGUGUGAAUUGAAGUUCUGCCGAGUUUUUCUUCUGCUUUCACCAAUCAAUCAAUCAAAAUAGUGGACAUGAUUUUACAAGGUGUUCAGACCGAUGCCGGCUUUGUGAAUUAUUCUUGGUCAGGGCCCAUACCAGAGAUGAUAUGCCUUGGGUGACGCGAUAAGAACAUGUUGCCCCUGACAACACAGCUUCCAGGGCCAGCAUCAGGAAGAGCUGGAGGAUGCAGAAAGGAAAGGGUUCACAUGGGCUAUUACACUUUUUGAAAUUUUGGAGCUACUGCUAAAAUAAGCUGUAUCCCAAUUUUUUUUUAAACAUUAAAAAUGUAUUUAAAGCAUCAUAAUAAUGAUCAUUAGUUAAUAGGGAGAACAGCUCCUUUUAACAAAUGGGAGUGAAAUAUUGACAAAUUCUCGAUAAAUUAUUUUGAAAGCUAUCUGACACUAGCCUGGAUGCCAGACGAACUUAGCACCGCCCACAACAUUUGAGGUCAGGAAGUUCGGUCUGGCAUUGCUCCGUUGGGGAGAAACUAUGCCCGAACAGAAGCUGUUCGGACCAAUCAAAUUGUCAGGGCGGGCUUUAUACGAUGAUGGACAGAUGAUCAACAGUAACGUAAUCAACCACGUCAGCGAAGAGCGCUUGGGUUGAAUUCGUUUUCAACAAACAUGCCUGCCGCUGGAGAGCUGAGAUGUGUAGAUGCUGCCAUUGAGUCUGAUUUAGAAGACAUCGUUUUGGCGUUGAGUCUAUUUUUUGCGCUUGACGCUAACGUAUCGCGCCAGGAAACACACUGAAAAAUGAUCUUAAACGAUAUUGAUGACAUAUUUUAUAUGAAAUAAAUGAUCAAAUAUGCAUCCCAUACUUUGAAUUCC